GGGAAUGACGUGUUGUAUUCCAGUCUGAUGGCGUCGGGCACAGCGAGCCGCUCUGAAGACGAAGAGUCUCUGGCAGGGCAAAAAAGGAGCUCCUCACAGGUGUCGGGUGCCAUUCCAAAACGGCGCAGUUCUUCCAGGUUCAUCAAGCGGAAGAAGUUUGAUGAUGAACUGGUAGAGAGCAGCCUUGCCAAAUCAUCCAGCCGGGCCAAGGGCCCCAGCGGGGUGGAGCCAGGGCGUUGCUCUGGCAGUGAACCCUCUUCCAGUGAGAAGAAAAAGGUGUCCAAAUCUGUCUCUGCACCUGUCACUCCAAGCCCAGCUCCAAACCCCAGCCUCACCAAGCGGAUGAAGAAGAGCAAGCAGCCCUUGCAGGUCACCAAGGAUUUGGGCCGCUGGAAACCCACUGAUGAUUUGUUGCUGAUCAAUGCUGUGCUUCAGUUCCUGACAGGUGGUGGUUGCGUUGCAUUAGCUCCCACCGCCUAG